GUUGGGUGCAUCUUGCGGGCGUGAGGCCACGACUGUGUUUCGGCAUGAAUUAAGAAGCUUGAAAGAUGGAGCGCGGCACAGUCCUCAUCCAACCCGGGCUCUGGACCAGGGAACCAGGCUGGACACUCCUCUAUUUCCUGUGCUACAUCCUCCCUCAGACCUCCCCUCAAGUGCUCAGGAUCGGAGGGAUUUUUGAAACUGUGGAAAACGAACCUGUUAAUGUUGAAGAAUUAGCUUUCAAGUUUGCAGUCACCAGUAUUAACCGAAACCGAACCUUGAUGCCCAAUACCACAUUAACCUAUGACAUCCAGAGAAUUAAUCUUUUUGAUAGUUUUGAAGCCUCCCGAAGAGCAUGCGACCAGCUGGCUCUCGGAGUGGCCGCCCUCUUCGGCCCCUCCCACAGCUCCUCCGUCAGUGCUGUACAGUCUAUAUGCAAUGCUCUAGAAGUUCCACACAUUCAGACUCGUUGGAAACACCCUUCUGUGGACAACAGAGACUUAUUUUACAUCAACCUCUACCCGGAUUAUGCGGCUAUCAGCAGGGCAGUCCUGGAUCUGGUCCUCUAUUACAACUGGAAGACAGUGACAGUGGUGUAUGAAGACAGCACAGGUCUAAUUCGUCUGCAAGAGCUCAUCAAAGCUCCCUCCAGAUACAACAUUAAAAUCAAAAUUCGCCAGCUUCCCUCUGGGAAUAAAGAUGCCAAACCUCUGCUCAAGGAGAUGAAGAAAGGCAAAGAGUUCUACGUGAUAUUUGAUUGUUCGCAUGAAACAGCUGCGGAAAUUCUUAAGCAGAUUUUGUUCAUGGGCAUGAUGACUGAAUACUAUCAUUAUUUCUUCACAACCCUGGACUUGUUUGCUUUAGAUCUGGAACUCUAUAGGUACAGUGGUGUAAAUAUGACUGGAUUUCGGUUGCUGAAUAUUGACAACCCUCACGUGUCAUCCAUCAUUGAGAAGUGGUCCAUGGAGAGGUUGCAGGCCCCACCCAGACCUGAGACUGGUCUUCUGGAUGGCAUGAUGACAACUGAAGCAGCUCUGAUGUAUGAUGCUGUGUACAUGGUGGCCAUUGCCUCCCACCGUGCCUCUCAGCUGACUGUCAGCUCCCUACAGUGUCAUCGACAUAAGCCAUGGCGCCUUGGACCCAGAUUUAUGAACCUCAUCAAAGAGGCACGGUGGGAUGGCUUGACUGGGCGGAUCACCUUCAAUAAGACGGAUGGCUUGAGAAAGGAUUUUGACCUGGACAUUAUCAGUCUCAAAGAGGAAGGAACUGAAAAGGCCUCUGGUGAAGUGUCUAAGCACUUGUAUAAAGUGUGGAAGAAGAUUGGGAUUUGGAACUCCAACAGUGGGCUGAACAUGACGGAUGGCAAUAGAGACAGGUCCAACAAUAUCACGGAUUCGCUGGCUAACCGAACGCUCAUUGUCACCACUAUUCUGGAAGAGCCCUACGUGAUGUACAGGAAAUCCGAUAAGCCCCUCUACGGAAAUGACAGAUUUGAGGGAUACUGCCUGGAUCUGCUGAAAGAACUGUCAAGUAUCCUGGGUUUCCUUUAUGAUGUUAAACUGGUUCCUGACGGCAAAUAUGGAGCCCAGAAUGACAAGGGGGAAUGGAAUGGAAUGGUUAAAGAGCUCAUAGACCACAGAGCUGACCUGGCAGUGGCCCCUCUCACCAUCACGUAUGUACGGGAGAAAGUCAUUGACUUCUCCAAGCCCUUCAUGACCCUGGGCAUUAGCAUCCUUUACCGGAAGCCCAAUGGAACCAACCCGGGCGUCUUCUCCUUCCUCAACCCUCUAUCUCCAGACAUUUGGAUGUACGUGCUGCUCGCCUGCCUAGGGGUCAGUUGUGUGCUCUUUGUGAUUGCAAGGUUCACACCCUACGAGUGGUAUAACCCCCACCCGUGCAACCCUGACUCAGACGUGGUGGAAAACAAUUUCACUUUGCUAAAUAGUUUCUGGUUUGGAGUUGGAGCUCUCAUGCAGCAAGGAUCAGAGCUGAUGCCCAAGGCUCUAUCGACCAGAAUAGUUGGAGGAAUAUGGUGGUUUUUCACCCUGAUCAUCAUUUCAUCCUACACUGCCAACCUGGCUGCCUUCUUGACAGUAGAGAGGAUGGAAUCCCCCAUCGAUUCUGCAGACGAUCUGGCUAAACAAACCAAGAUAGAGUAUGGGGCAGUCAGAGAUGGCUCAACAAUGACCUUCUUCAAGAAAUCAAAGAUCUCCACCUAUGAGAAAAUGUGGGCCUUCAUGAGUAGCAGACAGCAGAGCGCACUGGUUAAAAACAGCGACGAGGGCAUCCAAAGGGUGCUCACUACCGACUACGCCCUGCUGAUGGAGUCCACCAGCAUCGAGUAUGUGACACAGAGGAACUGCAACCUCACUCAGAUCGGGGGCCUCAUAGACUCCAAAGGCUAUGGAGUGGGGACACCAAUCGGCUCCCCUUACCGGGAUAAAAUUACAAUUGCCAUUCUUCAACUACAAGAAGAAGGAAAGCUUCAUAUGAUGAAAGAGAAAUGGUGGAGGGGAAAUGGCUGCCCUGAAGAAGACAAUAAAGAAGCCAGUGCUCUGGGUGUGGAAAAUAUUGGGGGCAUCUUCAUUGUUCUGGCUGCGGGACUUGUCCUUUCUGUGUUUGUAGCCAUUGGAGAAUUUUUAUACAAAUCACGGAAGAACAAUGACGUUGAGCAGUGUCUCUCUUUCAAUGCCAUCAUGGAAGAGCUGGGAAUCUCACUCAAGAAUCAGAAAAAAUUAAAGAAAAAGUCAAGAACUAAGGGCAAAUCUUCUUUCACAAGUAUCCUUACUUGUCAUCAGAGACGGACUCAGAGAAAAGAGACUGUGGCCUGAUCCAAGAACACACAACUGGAAGAAGAAAAGGCCACGCCCACUGCACAUAUUUGGAGGACAGAUUUCUGAGGAACUUGAGACGUGUUUCCACGUAUCUUUAUCCAUAGCUCCAAUCACGGACAGAGAAGAAAUGCACAAUUUUUAAAGCUCACAUAGACAUUACUUGAGAAGUGAAACUGAUUCUUUUCAGAUGAAUUUGUAUGCACACUUAUUUUGAAUUUUUUCUUUUCCUCCAAUAAAUUGCUAUGUGUGCUUUCUGAAAUAAUAAUAAACAAGCAGAUUUUGUUUUUCA